AUGGAGACCGCGCUGCAGAGGCGUGGAAUGAGCCUCAAAACAGCGCGUGGCUCAGCCAGGCUGUGCCAUGCGCGCGUGAGGACGGUCGUUCGGGCACAGAAGACCGGGCCGCGAGGCACCUUCAAGCUUACGAAGGGCGGCGCCUCCGCGCAGCAGGCCGCGGCCCCUGCCCUCGACCUGUUUGGGACUCUGACCCGCAGCCUCAGCCGCGGCGCCAAGUCCCCGGUCUCUGGCGGCGGCGCUAGGGACCCGGGCACUGUGUUCGUUGCGGGAGCCACCGGGAAGCUGGGCAUCAGGAUUGUCAGGGAGCUACUGGAUGCUGGCUUCAAGGUGCGCGCCGGCGCGCGCGACGUGGAGAAGGCGGAGGCCAACGCCGCGAUCGCAGCCCAGCUGGGGCUGGUGGACCCUGGUGAGCAGGCCCGGCCGUGA